GGCGCCGCGCCGCGGCCGGGCGGAGGAAAAUGGCGGCCGGUAUCCGGGAGAAGCAGACAGUGGCUUUGAAACGUAUGUUGAAUUUCAAUGUUCCUCCUGUUAAGAACAGCACAGGAGAACCCGUAUGGAAGGUUCUCAUUUAUGACAGAUUUGGCCAAGAUAUAAUCUCACCUUUGCUGUCAGUGAAAGAGUUGAGAGAUAUGGGGAUCACUUUGCAUCUGCUUUUGCAUUCGGAUCGGGAUGCUAUUCCAGAUGUUCCAGCUGUUUACUUUGUAAUGCCAACAGAAGAAAAUAUUGACAGAAUGUGCCAGGAUCUUCGAAAUCAGCUUUAUGAAUCGUAUUAUUUAAAUUUUAUUUCUGCCAUUUCAAGAAGUAAACUGGAAGAUAUUGCAAAUGCUGCCAUUGGUGCUAAUGCAGUAACACAAGUGGCUAAGGUAUUUGAUCAAUAUCUCAAUUUUAUUACUUUGGAAGAUGAUAUGUUUGUAUUGUGUAACCAAAACAAAGAGCUUGUUUCAUAUCGUGCCAUUAACAGACCAGAUAUAACCGACACUGAAAUGGAAACUAUAAUGGACACUAUUGUUGAUAGUCUCUUCUGUUUCUUUGUUACACUUGGAGCUAUUCCUAUAAUCAGAUGCUCAAGAGGAACUGCAGCUGAAAUGGUGGCAGUGAAAUUAGAUAAGAAGCUUAGAGAGAAUCUAAGAGAUGCCAGAAACAGUCUUUUCACAGGUGACACGCUUGGAGCUGGCCAAUUCAGCUUUCAAAGGCCCCUAUUAGUCCUUGUUGACAGAAACAUAGAUUUAGCAACUCCUCUACAUCAUACUUGGACAUACCAAGCUUUAGUGCAUGAUGUACUGGAUUUCCAUUUAAAUAGAGUUAACUUGGAAGAAUCAACAGGAACGGAAACUUCUCCAGCAGGUGCUAGACCUAAGAAGAAAAAUAAGAAGUCCUAUGACUUAACUGCAUCUGAUAAAUUUUGGCAAAAACAUAAAGGCAGUCCUUUUCCAGAGGUAGCUGAGUCUGUUCAGCAAGAACUGGAGUCCUACAGAGCCCAGGAAGAUGAAGUCAAAAGGCUUAAAAGUAUCAUGGGUUUAGAAGGGGAGGAUGAAGGAGCAAUAAGUAUGCUUUCUGAUAAUACCGCUAAGCUAACUUCAGCUGUUAGCUCUCUUCCAGAACUACUGGAAAAGAAGAGGCUCAUUGAUCUCCAUACAAAUGUUGCAACUGCUGUUUUGGAACAUAUAAAGACUCGAAAACUGGAUGUAUAUUUUGAAUAUGAGGAAAAAAUAAUGAGCAAAUCUACUCUGGAUAAAUCUCUCCUGGACAUGAUUUCUGACCCAGAUGCGGGAACUCCAGAAGACAAAAUGAGAUUGUUUCUUAUCUAUUACAUAAGCUCAGCGCAGGCACCUUCAGAGGUUGAUUUGGAGCAGUAUAAAAAAGCAUUGAUGGAUGCAGGAUGUAAUCUUGCUCCUUUGAGCUAUAUAAAACAAUGGAAGGCUUUCACUAAGAUGGCUUCAGCUCCAACCAGCUAUGGAAACACUACGCCUAAACCUUUAGGUUUGUUUUCACGUGUUAUGAAUACAGGAUCACAGUUUGUGAUGGAAGGAGUAAAGAACUUGGUACUGAAACAGCAAAAUCUACCAGUCACGCGUAUAUUGGACAACCUUAUGGAGAUGAAGUCAAACCCUGAGACAGAUGACUACAGGUAUUUUGACCCCAAGAUGCUCCGAGGUAGUGACAGUUCAGUUCCAAGAAACAAAAAUCCAUUCCAGGAGGCCAUAGUAUUUGUAGUCGGAGGAGGCAACUAUAUUGAAUAUCAAAAUCUUGUUGACUACAUAAAGAGUAAACAAGGCAAACACGUGCUGUAUGGCUGCAGUGAACUCUUUAAUGCUACACAAUUUAUAAAACAGUUGUCCCAGCUUGGCCAGAAAUAAGACUGAAACAUCACUACCUGGAUAGCAGCACGACAACAAGUGUUGUAACAGUUCUUUGGUUAUCUUCAUAUCUAUAAUUUUGUCAUUGCAUUAAAACUUUAACCGUUCCAUUAAUUUGAUAUUUUUUUAAAAGAGAUCUGUACUUAAUAUAGUGUAUAACAGCAUUUAAGAAAUAAACCUUAAAAACAUGCUA